UGCUCUAGUUCAAAACUAUAAAUCUAAUUCAAAAACUAUAGAAAAAAAGAAAUAUUAUUGCCGAUCAGAUAGAAAGCAUUAUUGAAUGAUCGGUAAUUUGUAUUUGGUAUUUGUAAAAUUUUGCAAUAGUCAAUGCUGCUAGGGAUGUGACAUGGAAGAAAAACAGACGACCAUAAGUUUAUCAUAUAUAGUAUAUCAUUUUAAGUAAUGAACACCAUGAAAUGAUUAAGUAAAUCAACCGCGUGUAAUUAUAUAUGAUUCGUCUGACGAUCUACGAGGUAUGAUCUCAUUUCCUGGCAAAUCAUACAGUAAUCGAAGUUUUCUUUUUCGCGAUUAACGGAAUAUUUGUAGUCAUUCGCAUUCACUUGUCAUCGUCGUAAAUGUUUACAUGUGUGCAUAGUAUUUAGAAAUGGCAACUGGAGGUAGUAGUUUUAUAAGUAAACCAGCCAGAGGAUGGCUACACCCUGAUCAUUUAGUGAGUAAAGAAGGAAUCACUUAUACUGUAAAGUAUAUAGGCUGUCUUGAAGUAUAUACGUCUAUGAAAAGUUUGGAUUUUGAGACAAGAUCAUGUGUUGCCAAAGAAUGUAUAAACAGAGUCUGUGAAGCAGCUGGAUUAAAAUCUGCAGAUAAGAAGAGAAGGGUGGAUAGAAAAGUAUUAAGGGCAAUAGCAGACAAGCCUCGUAUGGAACAUACAGGUGCUACAAUAAAUUUAACUAUUAGCAGUUGCAGUUUAGCUUUGACUAAUAUAGAGACUGGAUAUAUCAUUGCUAAACAUGAAAUGCCACGUAUAUCCUUUGCCUCGGGUGGAGAUACGGAAAUACUGGAUUUUGUUGCUUAUGUUGCAAAAAAUAUGCAAGAGUGGCGAGCUUGUUAUGUAUUGGAAUGUGGAGGAGGACUGGCACAGGAUGUAAUAUCCACUAUUGGACAAGCUUUUGAACUACGUUUUAAAGAGUUUCUUACUAAACCAGCUGCACUACACCCUAUGUUAAAUGGCAUUAGGGAAGCAGAUAGAGAUUACUAUAAUGAUUUGCCAGGCAAAGUACCACCAGAUAUUGGUCCUCCCCCAGUGCCACCUUUACCAACUACCGUAUCCACGUUACCUAAUUUGAAACAUCAUCACUCUGGACAAAAUCAUACAUCACGAGGCAACGCACAAAAUUCUGGUUUACACGAUACAUUUUCUUCCAAUCCUGAUAGACACCAUCAACAAUGGGCAGAGACUGGUAAUCUAAUUGACUUAAAUUCUGAUGGAACGCUAACAUCUACAAAUUUCAAUAUACCUCCAGAACAUAAUUAUGUUAAUGAUAGCGUUAUAGCUGCUACAAGAGAAAGUCAUCGCGAUCAAACAUCACUUUUUGAUGUUUUCGACAUGCAACCAUUUAGUUCUGCAAUAUCGGACAUGAAUAGAUUAAGUCCACAUUCUCAGAAGCAACAAUUAAAACAAGAAAUAUGGUUCCAUGGUAGCGUUAGCCGCGCUGAAGCAGAGUCUAUGCUAACAAGAGACGGCGAUUUUUUGGUUCGCGAAUCUCAGGGCUCUCCUGGACAAUAUGUCCUCACUGGUAUGAACAAUAAUACACCUAAACAUUUAUUGUUAAUCGAUCCAGAAGGCGUAGUUCGUACGAAAGACCGUGUUUUCGAUAGUGUAAGUCAUUUAGUGAAUCAUCAUUGUGACAAUGUAUUACCAAUUAUAUCAGCAGACAGCGUUUUAGUACUUCGAUAUCCAAUUCCUAGACGUACAACUAAUUGAUUUUUAUAAAGCUACAAUAGCGUUAAGAAAUAUGACUAAAGUUCACAUUCGGUAUCGAUUAACUACCAUUAAUAUUUAAUAGAAAAAAUCGAUACUGGAUACGAUACUUUUCAUAGUAAUUAAAAAUUUCAUGAAUCAUUACGACAGAUGAAUAUAAUUAAAAUUCUAUGAAAUUAUAAACAUCUUUCUUUUCAAAAAAUGAAAAAUGAUCUAUUAACGAUAUUCUUUUUCAGUCUAAAAAAAUUCAUUUGUUUAUAUAGGACCUACAACGUAUUAGUAUGAGUCAUGAAUAUAUCUCAAAGUGUGCCACGAUUUAAUUUCUUAAUAAUAAUUCAGUGCUUUUACUGAUUAGAGUAAGAUCAUAUCUUUAAUUCUUUUUAUAUAACUUCACCAUGUAGAUCAUGGCUUUUUGUGAAAAAUAUUUGCAUAAUUUCACUCAUUUUAUGUUACAUAGUUUGUAACGCAAUUACAUGGGAAAGAUACAUAUUUUUGCUAAUUUUCUAAUGUCCUCGCAAUGUGGUAUUUUACUUCGAUAUCGAAUUUGUAAAUCAAUAUUUUAUUGUAAUCUCAACGUUAAUAGGAUGAUAUAUUUAUAAAAUUGCUUCGAAAAAUAUAUUAAUUCAACUUCGUACUUUGUUUCCAGCAAAAUACUUGAAUUAUAUUUUUAAGAAACUGAAUUUUGUACUUUUGUAUUAUGUACAUGUAAAAAUAUUUAUUGUGCUUAUACAUAACAUACUGUAAUAUAUUUAAUAUGAAAAAUAUAUAAAUUUACAUUUUAUACGAUUCUGAAUAAAAACCAUACCUGCGAAUUAGUUUUCGUUUGUGCUGCGUGCGCAUGUUUACUCGAUCGGCUCAAGCAUGCUUCUACGUGAAACAGGUAUUGUUGAACAAAUAAUAGAUAACUAACCGGAAAGUUCUACUCUGUAGUACUAAUUACCGACGAAAUGGAUAGGAUUUACUGCUUCUAUGGAUAUAAACACUGUAUUAAAAAUACUUAGAAACCUCGCACCAAAUAAAAAAGAAUAGGUAUAUGAAUUCCCCGCACUUCUUGAUGAGAGUCCUUUCGCAAACAACUUCGCACUGUUGCCCCCAUUCUUCAGUUUCCGGGAGACAAGUCAGACGACACGCGAUUUAUUUUGGUUCGGGAAUUAGUCAGCGAUCGCAGAGAGGGGAGGCGGGCGAACGUGUUUCUUUAUAACAUUUGUUUGGGGUUAAGUUCUGAAGUACUUGCUUAUCGGAGAUCAAGAACUAAAAGAAUGACCCGUAAGUUAUAUUUCGUAGUAUAACCUUUGUUGUGGUACGUAGAGCGAUUAAAAAAGAACGAAGAAAAUUCGAAACGGAGGGAACCAGCGUGAAUUAGCAAGAGCCAAAAAUAUGAAAAAAACCA